AUGGACCACAUCGACGACGCGCGAAGCGGUAGCGCCAACGACCACCCUGAGAAGCCCGCGUCUACUGGCCAGGCCUCCCAUGUCGCUGGCGAUGCCCUCCUGCUCGACAAGCAGGGCAACAUCCGCCAUCUCCCAAUUCCUAGUAACGACCCCAAUGACCCUCUCAACUUCAAAACGUGGGAGAAGGCGGCUGUGAUAUUCUGCUGCUGCUGGUUCUCGUGUAUGAGUCUGGCUCUGGUAGGAGGUCUGGGACCAAUCCUGGGCGUCUUCUUUGGCAUGUACGCUCCUCAAGGCUACAGCCCUAGCCAGAUCGUCUAUCUUCUUACGAUCCCUUCGCUUUGUGUUGGUCUUGGAAACUACAUUGUUCUCCCCCUCGCUCUCGCCUAUGGCCGGCGUCCUGUAUUUCUCGGCUCUUCUGUCGCGCUCCUUGCAUCUACUAUCGGCGCUGCGUCGCAGAAUUCAUACUCGGGUCACCUCGGUGCCAGAAUCGUUCAGGGGCUCGCUACCGGCGCAACCGAGUCCGUUCUGCCCCUGAUGCUCACGGAGGUCACAUUCCUUCACCAACGCAGCCGCGUGUUUGGUUUGUACUGGAUGGUGCAAAGUCUUAGUGGCGGUCUGCUCAAUAUCGCCUCAUCGUACAUCAACGCCGCGCUCGGCUGGCAGUGGUUCUAUUGGGUCUAUGUGAUCACCAUUGCCACCGGCUUCGUCGCUUCCAUUUUUGGCGCUUUCGAGACACGCUUUGCCCGUCCUGCCAUGAGUGUCGACGGCGUAAUUGUCUACACGGAUGAGUUUGGCGUCACUCAUGUUGUGCCGUCUGACGAAGUGAGUAGCCAUCCUGAGCUCCAGGCUCAAGGACUUGCUGGGCUGCCCGACGACGCCCCUUACGACGGUCCUCAGCCCACUUUUAAGAACCGGAUCGCGCUUUGGGGCAAGCCUCAUCCGACUCCGGGCAAGAUCAUCCUCAGUUCUUGGGUGCUGAUGGUCAAGUGUUUGACCUCACCUGCCAUUAUCUACGCAAUCCUUAUCAGCUCCGUUUGUUUAGCCGUCACAAUCGACAUGAGUUUGACCUACGACGCCGCUCUUCAGGCCUACGGCUGGGCUGCGGAGUCAAUCGGGCUGAUCAACAUCGCCGCCGUGGUGGGAUCUAUCCUCGGCUCCGCGUACACCGUUCUUAUCGGCGACUGGCUCGUGCUCUGGCUGGCUAAGCGCAACAACGGUGUGCACAAGCCUGAGCACCGCAUCAUCGUGCUCAUUCCUGUCGCCAUACUGGGCUUCGCCAUGACCCUAGUCUACGCUUUCACCGUACAGGGUGCGUCAUCAUACUGGGGCCUCGUGCUCUCUAAUGGCUUUUAUAAUAUGGCAUGGGUUGCCGUCCUCAUCAUCUCGACGACGUUCGCCGCCGAGGUCUGGCCCAAGCACCCCGGUCCCGCGCUUGUCAUGGUCGUUGGCAGCAAGAACAUUGUGUCCUUCUGCCUGACUUUUGCCUUCACUCCGAUGAUGGAGCACGGGGGCAUCACUUGGGCCUUCUGUGUUCUUGCGGGAGUCUUUGGGGCAUGCUUUGUGCUUGGGUUCCCUGUGUAUUUCUUGAACACUAAGUGGCGCAAGGCGGAGAGCAAGAAGGAUAAUGCCAACGCGACCACUGAUUAAGCACGCUUGAGCUGAUAUGGCUCAUCAACCGAGCCAAGUACGCAUGAUUCUGUCGGCAUGGUAGGGAAAUCUGGCUCUAGUCACUCGUCUGUUAUAAAUUUAAACAGUUUGUCACCAGACAGAAG